GUUUAGGCGAGUGAACAAAAGAAGACUGGUUGUAAAAAGGCAUUUGAUAUAAAACAUUAUUUUCUCUAGUCAUUUGAUCACUUUGCCUGAGUAAACUGUGGAAAGAAAGAAAAACAUUUGGGGAUGUCUGGAUGGAAGAGUGACUCUGAUAAGUUAUAGAAAGAGCAGACUCAGAUUUUUCAGGACCAAUGAUAAUGAUUGGUUCAGCCGUAGCCAAUGCUGGGAAGCUUCUGAAGAAAACAAAAGAACAAAAAUAACCCUUAUUCUAAGAAGACGCCUCAGGAGGAAAUGCUCUUUACCUGGAUGUGAUGUGUGGAACGGCUUCUAGCGCACACAGCCAUCCUGAGGCUGAAGUCUACUUAGAAGAGCUGGCCGAUAGAGGGCGCCUGGGUGGCUCAGUCGGCUGAGCCUGUGACUCUUGAUUUUGGCUCAGCCAGCAGUCAGCAGAGGACCUUGCCCGAGUACCUGCCAACUCCACUAGCAAUAUCUUGAAUAGGCUAUUGGUCAGUUAUGAUCCCAGGAUAAGACCAAAUUUUAAAGGCAUUCCUGUUGAUGUAGUAGUCAACAUUUUUAUCAACAGUUUUGGAUCUAUUCAAGAGACAACAAUGGACUAUAGAGUUAACAUUUUCUUGAGACAGAAAUGGAAUGAUCCCAGGCUGAAGCUCCCUAGUGAUUUUCGGGGCUCAGAUGCACUGACGGUGGAUCCCACAAUGUACAAAUGUCUUUGGAAACCUGACUUAUUUUUUGCAAACGAAAAAAGUGCCAAUUUUCAUGAUGUGACCCAGGAAAAUAUCCUUCUCUUUAUUUUUCGUGAUGGAGAUGUUCUUGUCAGCAUGAGGUUAUCUAUUACUCUUUCAUGCCCUUUGGACUUGACCUUGUUUCCCAUGGACACCCAACGUUGCAAGAUGCAACUGGAGAGCUUUGGCUACACAACUGAUGAUUUACGAUUUAUCUGGCAGUCAGGAGAUCCUGUUCAGUUAGAAAAAAUUGCCUUGCCUCAGUUUGAUAUUAAAAAGGAAGAUAUCGAAUAUGGUAACUGUACAAAAUACUAUAAAGGCACUGGGUACUACACCUGCGUGGAAGUCAUCUUCACCCUGAGGAGGCAGGUUGGGUUUUACAUGAUGGGUGUCUAUGCCCCAACCUUGCUCAUAGUGGUUCUCUCCUGGCUCUCCUUCUGGAUCAACCCGGACGCAAGUGCUGCCAGAGUGCCCCUGGGUAUCUUCUCGGUACUCAGCUUGGCCUCCGAGUGUACAACCCUUGCUGCUGAACUUCCCAAAGUAUCCUACGUGAAGGCUCUUGAUGUUUGGCUCAUUGCUUGUCUUCUUUUUGGGUUUGCUUCACUGGUGGAGUAUGCUGUCGUCCAGGUGAUGUUGAAUAACCCCAAAAGAGUUGAAGCAGAAAAAGCCAGAAUUGCUAAGGCUGAGCAAGCAGAUGGGAAAGGUGGAAAUGCUGCUAAAAAGAAUACUGUGAAUGGUACAGGGACUCCUGUUCACAUUAGCACUUUGCAGGUUGGAGAGACGAGAUGCAAAAAGGUUUGCACUUCCAAGUCUGACCUGAGGUCUAAUGACUUCAGCAUUGUUGGAAGCUUACCAAGAGAUUUUGAAUUAUCCAAUUAUGACUGCUAUGGAAAACCUAUUGAAGUCAACAAUGGGCUUGGGAAAUCUCAGGCAAAGAACAACAAGAAGCCGCCCCCUGCCAAACCUGUUAUUCCAACAGCAGCAAAGCGAAUUGAUCUUUAUGCAAGAGCAUUGUUUCCUUUCUGCUUCUUGUUCUUCAAUGUUAUAUAUUGGUCUAUAUAUUUAUGAUAGAUCUUUUUCAUUUGUGUAAAAUAAAAUGCCAUUUCAUUGUGACCGGCCUCAUCCAUAAAUGCCAAUCUGAAAAUUUUUUGCAUUUUCAUAGCAGUAUAUUGCAUUUUGGAUGCCAUUUGAUUGUAAUAAAAAUGUGGCACCUUACUUUUGAAUGGCAGCAUGAUCUUGUUACUUCUGUGCUCUACUAAUGAUGUAUAUAUGUAUAGCAAACACAUUGCUUUAGGAAUGAAUGAAGGAUAAGCAUACUACAUAAAAUAUAAUCCAAACAAUUCUCUUCAGUUAGUGUAAAUUGCAGAUACUUCAGAUGAUUCUGAUAAUAAAAUGACGUGCACGCUGGAUCCUGUUAUGAUCACCAUUCUAAUGUAUGUAGUAUUUCAAAUUUCCUUCCUUGUAACUUUCAGAGAAAGCCAUCUUAUUCUUGUACAAUUUUAGAUGGUAUUAUCACAGAUUAAGCAAAAUUAUAUUACAUAUUAUUUAAACUUUGUAAGUAGAAAUAUAUCAACUAUAAUUAUGUGGGCUCUGUGGAGAAAUAAAGUUCAAAAAAUUACUAAUUUGUAAAAUCAGCUCAUUUUAAAGUGUGCCUGUUUUGUCAAAAUGCCAGCUUAUGAAACACAGUCAGCAUUUUGGAAACAAAGGGAAAUCUAGAUUUAUAUAAAUUCAUACUGAAUUCUGACUUCUGAUAAAAAUAAAAAUAAAGGAUAGAUACAUUUAUUAAAUAUUUCUGACAAAAGAAAUUCUAUUUAAUCCACCUUAAAGCCUAAAUAUAUUUUCAUGGAUUUCAUUUUGUUGAUACAGAAUAUAUAAAAUCAUGGUGGCUUAAAGAGUCAUAAAUAUUUUAAAUUGGACUAUAAUAAAGGAUAUGUGAUUUCACAUAAUUUUUAAGAAACAAAGAGGAAAAUACCCUAUUCCUGGAAGUAACUUGAGUUUGGGGGAAAAAAAAAUCAUUGGAAGAUUUUAACUUCUUUAUUAAAACGCUUACAUAUUUUUAAGUAAAAUUAAUUUUUUUUCUGAA